GGAUGCUCUCCACAACAUAAGCAACGCAUGUCCAUCAUUUACGUCGAUCAGUUGGCCGUUCGGCUGCCUUCGGACAUUCGCAAUGCCUUCAACCCUUCCUACGCGUUCGGCGGCGCCAGUGGUCGCUCCCUCGGGCUGGUCAUGGGACUCCGUGAUGUGCAGUCGGGUCACAUCCUCCUUCCGAUGGACGCAGAGGGGAACAUUGGCGUCACGCCGGGUCAGCACUACGCCGUCGUGAUUUUGCGGGAGGCGCAGCCGACGGUUGCGUCUGUGACGGACGACGAAGUUGCGACGGCGGCUGGGAAUAGCGGAGAGGGGAACGCAAAGAACAGGAACCAGCAAUCGGGGAAACCCCAUCAGCAUCAGCAACAGCAUCAGCAACAGCCAAGUCCGGUGCGCGGCGCAGUUGCGGAUGCGAAGCCGCGCCACAAUCCGCCUUUGCCAGAACACCAUCCGAAAGACCAUCUGUCGAGGCAGGAACGCAAGGCGGCUCGUGCUGCCGCCGCUGCCGCCCCCUCCUCCGCCGAACCUCAAAAGGCAGUUGUGGCCAAGUCGGUUGAGAGCGUGCCGCACGCCGUCGUCGCCUCUCCCGCUGCGGGGUUGGGACAGCAGGAGAAGAAGAAGCGCCACAAGACGGAUGCACGAGAGAUGGCGCCGCAGCAGCAGCAUAUGCAACCAUCGCAAGCGUCUGCGGAGCCUCCACAUCAGCCCCGUCGCGCCCCCUCCAAGACGUCUUCUCCACCCGCUGUUGUCGCCGCCGAGCCCAGAGCCACGGACGACGAAGACUCCAACGAUGUGCCGUUGGUGCAGACCUACGCGUCCUCGCUGUCGCAGCCCUCCUCUCGUGCCUCGCAAUCCACGGCGGCGGUAGCGAGCAGCAAAAACAGCAGCAAGCGCGGAUCGCCCAACACGAAGCCGGAGACCGCCACCGCCCCGCCACCUCCCAUGCCAGUGCGUCGUGCGCGCAGUUCGAGCACGUCGAGCCGCGGUAGUAGCGGCAGCAGUGGCGGCGACCACGACCGCGAUGAUGAGGGUUCAACGGCCUUCUCGCAGCUGUAUAGUGUCCACGUCGCUGCCCCGGUGGUGGAGAAGGCGGCCGCGUCAAAAAGGCGUCGAGGGUCGCCCGAAAAGAAGGCAGCGAAGACGGCCGUGUCCUCCACACCGCAGCAGCAGCAGCAGCUCGCUACGACGGCGGUGACCACACCGAAGCAUAACCCUAAACAGCAGCAUCACAAGGAAAGUCCAGAUACGGUACCGGUGACCCUUCCACCUUCAGGACGCGGUAGCAUGAUGCGACGUGUUCCGCUAGACUCCUCGAGCAACAGCGAUUCCGAUUAG